UUUAAAAGGAGGCUAGAAGAAUCCGUUUAGCAGGCAGUGGAGCGGCAGCAGCGGUAGUGCCUGCAGAGCUCGGGAACAGUACAAGAAGGUAGAAGUCAGUGCCGGAAAUACGGGGUGAUCCACUUGUUUGUUCUUCCUAAUUUUCACCUCGAGGAUGGCAACAAGAGUAGCACGCUCCGUUUUGUCCUCAGACAACACUUCAGCAACAGCAGCCUUCAAGAAGCCAUCACUGCAGCAACAGAAAGUUGGGCCGCGGCCACUCGGAAGUACAAACAGGAAUGUCCCCGUGCUCAAACCAGCUCGACCUCUGGCACAGAAUGCCACACUUUCAAAGCAGCUCUCCCAAAGCAACUCUUUGGCAAAACGAGAUGUUUCUGCAAAGCCACUGGCCAAGGAGAAUCGGCAACAUAGUGCUGAUUCCAUCCUGUCUAUCAGCAAGUUGUCUGUCAAAGAAGCAGACACGAGACCAGCCGAGCCCCUGUCUUAUUCUACGGCUAUGCUGCCUGCAGAAGUGACUGACAUCGAUGCCCUCGACAGUGGAAACGUUCAGCUUUGCUCGCAAUACGCAAAAGAAAUCUACAACUAUCUGUCUGAACUCGAGCUGCAGUACCCAAUCAGACCCAACUUCCUUGGGAACAAGCGUGAAAUCAAGGCAAACAUGCGUUCAAUCCUGGUGAACUGGUUGGUCCAAGUGCACGCAAAGUUCAACCUGCUCCAAGAGACACUCUACCUUACCAUUGCUGUUUUAGACAGAUACUUACAGGCGGCUGAAAAUAUUUCCCGUUCUAAGCUGCAGCUGAUAGGAGUGACAGCUAUGUUCAUUGCUGCCAAAUAUGAAGAAAUGUAUUCUCCUGACAUUAUGGAUUAUAUCUACAUUUCUGACAAUGCCUUCACAAAGAGGGACAUCCUCAAGAUGGAGAUCGUCAUGCUGGAAGCCCUAGACUUCAGCUUGGGUCGGCCACUGCCUCUGCAUUUCCUUCGUCGUGCUUCCAAAGCAGGCAAUGUGACUGUGACCGUCCACUCCAUGGCCAAGUACCUCCUAGAGCUGACAGUCACGGACUACAGCAUGGCUCACAUCCGCCCUUCUCUGCUAGCUGCUACAAGUCUGUGGCUAUCACUGCAAAUGGUUGAUGACGGCGACUGGACAACAGAUUUGGCCUACUAUGGCCGUUACACGAAGAAAGAGAUGGAGCCGGUUGCGAGCAAAAUGUGCCGACUGGUUAUGUCUGCCUCUUCCAGUAGUCAAAACGUAAUCUACAACAAGUACAAGAGUCCGAAGUUUCAGAGCAUUAGCAAUCGACCAGAGCUCCACUCUGAGCUAGUACGAGAGCUUGCAGCGAGACCCUGAAACUUAUUGUCUUAGUAGCAAUCGUUCAUUUACGAGGCAUCUAGGAUCCCCUGCAUGAGGUUCCGACAAGUGUUUUUAGCAUAAUUUUGGAUAGGGACCUACUCUGAAUCGUUGCUACAGCCAGGAUUUGGCCUGUAUUUCAGAUGGGGUUUUUAAAAGUAAAGUUUUAUCGACAGCCUGUCCGCUCGAAGAUGUGCCACUCAUACGAUAUGACAGUUUUCUACUAAAUGUACUAGCUUUUAACCUUACAAUAAAUUUUAAGCUGCUGUA